GGGAGAACUGAAACGGAAAGCCCGGCACAAGAAGUGAAUACGUUAUCAGAAGAUCGGAAGAUGUGACGAAGGAGUUGAUUUUUGAGCUGCCGUGCGUCUUGCCUAGACCUGACAGGCAGGCAGCAUGUCAGACUACGCACACUACGGAAAUCCUCUCAAGGAACUCGAUUUAGACGAGGCACCGAAGAAGUUCAAAGAUGACACAGUUCGAGACGAGAGGGGUCGCCGAAGAUUCCACGGCGCGUUCACUGGAGGUUUCAGUGCCGGCUACUUCAACUCUGUCGACACAAAAGAAGGAUGGGCUCCUUCCCAAUUUAUUUCGUCGAGAUCCAAUCGUGCGAGCAGGUCGGGACAGCAACCACAGGACUACAUGGACAAUGAGGACCUCGGAGACCUUGGUUUCGCUCCACAACGGCUUCAGCUCCAGGAUGGGGCGCGGAAGGCGACGGGAGAAAUCCAGUCAACGUCUUCCCAUGCGGGUUUCGGUUCCCAACGAGAGCUCUUGGCGACCCCUCUGAAGAGGAUCCUCAAGGGAGACCGGGACAGUAUCGGUGUCCUCAUACUGAGAAGCAUGGGCUGGAGAGAUGGGAAAGGCAUCGGUCCGAAAGUUUGCCUGAAAUCUGGACUCGGCCCUCAACUGCCAUCGGCUCUAGCUGAGACGGGAGUAGCCCCGGAUGACAUAGAGUUUGCUGAAAUACAAGGAACCGAUAAAGUCUGGGGACUCGGAUAUACGCCUGCGACCAGACUGGAUCUUUUCGGUGAAAAAAUAGAUCGAGAGCGUCUGACCCAAACCACAGCCAAAGUUGGUGGACGCAGACUCGGUAUCCGCGGUCAGGCUUUCGGCGUUGGUGCAUUUGAGGAGGACGACGAGGACAUUUACGCUAAAGACGAUAUGACGCAGUACGCCUUCGAGGAAGUGGAUCACGGACGAGGAGACCGAACGAAGACGCCGCGGCAUCCCAUGAUCGAACCAAAGAGAAAACAGACGCUCGGAGGCCUAAUCGACGGAUUUUUAGCGGUCGAGAUCCACGCCGGUCCGUCUCAGCACGGCGCAAGCUCCAUAGUCAUCCCUCCCGACUGGAAACCCAAACCGAUCCUAGACGAAAGUCAGACGAAGUUGUUGGAAAUGAGUCGGGAGCAAAAAGUCGCCGCUCUCUUCCAGGGCCUACCGGAGGGAUCUGUCUUCAAUUUUCUCUCGGAAGACGCGCGAGCGAAAAUCGAGGCGACUAAGAAAGCCAUGAUCGAACGCAAAAAGGUCUCCGACGAAUCUGCCAGGACAUCUGUAGCAGCAACCGAGGAGCCCGCGCCGGCGGGCAACAAAGGAACUACUGAAGAACAACAAGAUCCCAAGACGCUAGGGGCCGUAGACAUCUCCGCUCUGAGGCCGUUUGCAAGGGAUCCGAACAAGCAAGAGCGCUUCGAGCGCUUUAUAGCCUUCGCCGAAAAAGGCCACCGAGAGAUGCUGGUCUCGAUCCAACCGCCGCACUUCUCGGCGUGGGAAGCCGCCCUGGAGAAAAAAGACUUCGAGGCGGCUCUCGCGAUUGUCAGGCCGAAACUCGGUCUGACCAGUCGCUUCGAGCGUCGGGGAGGGGACAAUCCGCAUGCAUCCCUCCCGACGGGACUGGCUUCGGCGAGCGACAUUCCAGCAGCGACUAUCGUGCCCGUCGACCAGAAGACCAUAGGGCCACCCAUCAAACCUCUCAAGGAUUUCGGAUCUCAAACCCACAGUCAAUUCGUCUGGCAUCCCGCGUCAGUACUAUGCAAACGUUUCAACGUUCCUGAUCCAUUCCCGGGUCAAGAAUUCGUUGGCAUUCCCGCAUCGAGCCUACUCCUGGAUCAGGCGGUGUCCGAUCCGGACGAGGAGCGAGACGACAGCCUCAAGGCUGUUGCCGGAAGAGACAAGCCGUCGGCGUCGCAGGGCGACGAUUUCACGAGAAACACGACGCCGACUUCCGUAACCAGAAUCAACAUUGAUGUUCCGCCUCUAGAACCGGAGAGUGAGAAGACACCACCUACAAUGGAUAUUUUCAAGAUGAUAUUCUCCGAUGAUGAUGAGGAGGAGAGCGAAGAAAAACAAGACGCUGAAACCGACGAAAAAAUUACGGAGCCUUCCGAAGUCGUCCCCUCCACUGCGGACAAUGAACGCAAAAACACCGGGAUAUUUGCAAACAUUGACCUCUCGCUUCUAAAUAAGCGUCCCCCGCCGAAACCGAUAGCGAAAGCCGCGGAAGCGAAGGCAACUGAGCAGGAAGACACCCUCGUACCGAUGGGACCGAAACCUCCUCCUAUUCUCGCUGUGGAGAGCGAGAUCGUCCAUAGGUUUCCGAGCAAGAAAGUAAAGAAGAAGCACAAAUCUAAGGAGAAGAAGCGGAAGAAGGAUUUGAAGUCAAAGAAAUCCAAGCUGAAGAAGAGGAAGAAGAAAUCAAAGCAUAAAAAACGCGAGCGAGACGACUCUUCAACGGAGUCGUCUGAAGGUGAAUCGACAGAUUCUGAAGGGAGUCCCGCGGGAAAGAAGCGUCGGAAAAAGAACAAGAAGGAAAAACGGAAACUUGGAGCGAGGUACUCUUCGUCGGAGGAUUCUAUCGACUGCGCUGACGAAGGACGGCUUGAAGAACGCUCGAAGAAAAAGUUAGUUUCCAAGAUUGGAGAAUUUCCCACGAAAAGCUCGAACAGAGCCUCACAUGUCUAUAAUUAUACAUUAUCAUAUCGAAUAAUCGAUAAGGCGAAACUGACAGACUGUAUUUCACGUUCCAGGCUGAAGAACUUCCGGCCAUCACCUUGA